UGUCCACCCUUUGGUUUAUGUCAUGGCGGUGCAGAUGGCGGUAAAUUCGGGAGCCAGUCUGUGGGGACCACUAAAGGAGCUAUGGGAGACAGUGGAGGGGGCUGUGUUGAGGAGACAGCCAGAGAGCUUCCAUCUGCUCGACCUGCAGUUGAAAAAACACAAGCCACACUUUCUGUCCCUCUUUAAGAACCCGCCAAAGAGUGCAGAGCAGAGAGAGAAGGUGCGGAAAGCCAGCACAGAAGGCAUCGCCAUCCAGGGUCAGCAGGGGUCCCGACUCCUUCCGGAGCAGCUUCUUUCAGAGGCCUUUAUCCUCAGUGAUUUGUUUGACGUUGGAGAAUUGGCAGCUCUGGAGCUUUUGUUGGCAGGUGAGCAGCAGCAAUCCCACUUUCCAGGCUUGACACGUGGCUUGGUGGCGGUGCUCCUCUAUUGGGAUGGAAAGCUUUGUGUAGCCAACUCUCUGCGCACACUUAUCCAGUCACGUCAUGGCAAAACCUUUACUAUGGACCUCAGCGGAGAGCUGGUGUCUUUGAUGACACAUUUCACAGAUGAAUUGAUGAGCCAGGGAUUGACUAAGCGCAUCCUGACCUUGGUAAAUGAGAUCAAUCUUACACGCGAGUUUGAGCGGCUGCAGAAGGAGCGAGGCCUUGGCAAUGAAAAGCACAGGAAGGGGGUUGUAGACCUCAUCAAAGAAUGCAGGCAGGCCCUAGCGGACAGCCUGUUUGCAUGGACCUGCCAAUCACCUUUGACUAAAGAUGAUACCCUGGCUCUCAUUGCCCACCUGGAAACGGUAUCGGCUCAAGCUGAUGGCUCACUGGACAGUGUGAACCUGGCUCUGGUCAUGGCCCUGAUGUACUGUUUGGAUGUCAGCUUCAUUGAGCAAGGCACUGAGGAUAGAGAAGAUCUGCUCCAGGCGCUGCCGCUGCUCACAGAGAGACAGUAUGUGUCAGCAGUGCACAGUCGUUUGACGGACACGCAGCCAUGGAAGCUUCCCGGCCUGCAGGCUGUGUGUCGCUUGACUUGGGCUCUUUCUCUCAGGGUGCUGUCCCAGCUGCCACAGGGUGCAGCCCUCGUGGAGUUCACUGAAGCAGACGAGGCGCUGGCAGACCAGGCCGUCCUGGGAGAUGUCUUCCUCUUCAUUAAAGAGGGCAUGCUUGAUUGUGAGAGUUUUAUCCAGGAGGAGUUUUACAUCCGCCGCCUCCAUUCACUCAUCACCGAUUUUCUGGCACUAAUGCCAAUGAAGGUGAAGCAGUUACGUAACCGUGCAGAUGAGGAUGCCCGUUUGGUGCAUAUGUCCUUACAAAUGGACAAUGAGCCUCCAUCAUCAUUGCGCAAGGACUUGGACCACCUCAUGAUGCUUAUAGGAGAGUUCUACAAUAAAGAUCCAUUCGGAAUGGAGUUGGGUCUGGAGUACUGGUGUCCCACAGACCCCCUCCAACACAACUCACUGCAAGGAUCCUACCUGGGAAUGGCAUUGCAAAGGCCUCCACAUAAACAGGUCGUUCUGUCCAAGUUUGUGCGUCAAAUGGGAGACCUUCUGCCCUCCACCCUCUAUAUCUCUUAUCUCCGGAUGCUGAAAGGUCUUGCCAAUGGUCCUCAGUGUGCUCACUACUGCUUCAGCCUGCUGAAAACCAAUGGAGCUUCACAUGGUGAUAACAUCCAGGGAGUAGCAGGCAGUCCAGUGUCAUGGGAGCAUUUUUUCCACUCCCUCAUGCUCUACCAUGAGAAUCUGCGACGAGACCUACCAAAUCCUGAUGCAGCCCAUUAUCGCCACCCACCUCUACGGGGCAUCACUCAACGAGAACUGGAAGGACUCACCUCAUUUUUGCAGUUACUCAUGACAAUUAUUACAUGGAGUGAAAAUGCUCGCCUGGCAUUGUGUGAGCACCCCCAGUGGACACCUGUGGUGGUGAUGCUGGGGCUGUUACAGUGCAGCGUUCCACCUGUCCUGAAAGCUGAGCUUCUUCGCUGCCUGGCAGCCUUCGGCAAAUCUCCCGAAAUCGCUGCUUCACUCUGGCAGUCACUAGAGUACACGCAGAUUCUUCAAACGGUACGUAGCCCAGGACAAAGACAGGCAGCAGGAAUUGAGGUGGAGCUUAACGAGAUCGAGUCAAGUUGUGAGGAGUACCCUCUGACACGGGGCUUCUGUCAUCUAAUCAGUACAUUAGCGGAGAGCAGCCUUCCCCUUAAUUUGGGCGCAGGUCUGCGUGUGCCAGGCUUCCAGCCCUACCUGAAUUUCUUGCGUGACACCGUCUUCCUGGCUUUCCCCACGAGAGCAUAUCGACGUCCAGCUGAGAAGUGGGAAGUAGCUGAUGCUACACUUGAAGUGUUCCACAAACUGCUGCGGGAUUACGAGCCGCAGCCGUCAGACUUCAUCCAGGAGAUGGUGGAGCUUCAGGGUGAGCAGGUCCCAGCCCACAAGCCACCAGGCCACAGCAUCAUGUUCCACCUGCUCAACGACUCGCCCAUGUUGGCGCUCUGCCUCAGUGUGUUGGAGGAGGGUGUACGCCAGCUGGACACCUAUGCCCCCUUCCCUGGCAAGAAGCACCUGGAGUCCGCAGUACUGCAUUGCCUCUGCCUGCUAGACCUGACCCUGCAGAAGGAGGUGGUGUUCAUGGACCUCCUCAGGGAGAGCCAAGCCUCUCUUUUGGUUUCCCCACUGGAGCAGCUCCUACAAGGGGUCAGUCCUCAAACCCGCAGAGCAGAUCACAUUGUCAAUGUGGCCAGAUAUCUCUACCACAAUGACUCCAACCCCGAGGCCGCCUUCCAGAGUUCUAAAAUCUUACGUCGCAUCGCAAACUACCCAAACAUUCAAGAUAGGCUGGUUGGGGAUUUCACACAUGACCAGGUUGUGAGUGAAAAGCUGAUGGCAGGCUUCGUGGAGUGUCUGGAUAAUGACGAGGCAGAAGAAGGAACAGAGACAGAAAAUGGUGCAUCACCAGAUUCUGAUUCCCAAAAGACGGUGGCACGAAUCAGACAUGAAACCCAGGUUCAUAUCCUUAACUUACUCAUCACCUCUUUGGAGCUGAAGACGCCCAAUCUGGCAUUGUAUCUAUUGGGCUAUGAAGUCAAGAAGCGGGUGUCCUCCACCAAUCUGCAGGAUCCAGGUGUUUUAGGGUGCCCGCGGAGUUGCCUGCAUGCCAUCCUGAGUCUCCUGCAGAGAGGUACUGAAAAAAGAUCAGGACCUGUCCUCACUCGACAUGCUCCACACCUGGCUGAGCUCUGCUACCAGGUGAUCCACCAACUGUGCGCCUGCUCUGAAACAUCUGGACCCACAAUGCGCUAUUUGAGGACAAGCCAGGACUUCCUGUUCUCUCAUCUGCAACACCUACCUUUUAUCCUUCCUGGUGACCAAAUUGCUGCCCUGUCCCAGAUGUCUUGGCUCAUGAAAACAGCUGCCAUCGAGCUGAGGGUGACAUCACUGAACCGCCAGCGCUCACAUACGCAGCGCCUCGUCAACCUGCUGCUCGAUGACCAGCCACACUCACAGCAUGCAGUUGAAGGAGAAUCUGGCAUGGAGGAAGAAACUAGAUCAGUCAGUGGUUUCUUACAUUUUGACUCCGUUUCCAAAGUACGCAGGAAGUUGUUGACUGUGUUGGAUGCCAUCGACUUCAGCCAAGACAUGCCUGAGCUGCUGCAGCUGGACUUUUUUGAGCGUACUCAGAUCGAACAAGUCAUCUCCAACUGUGAACACAUAAAUGAGCAAGGACACACUGUGUGCAAUGUGAAGUUGCUCCAUAGAGUGCUUGUUGCUGAGGUGAAUGCUCUGCAAGGGAUGGCAGCCAUUGGACAGAGACCCCUGUUAAUGGAGGAGGUGAACUCGAUCCUGCAGCAGGUUGUAGAACGUAACCGUGUCCGACGGAGUCUGAGUGCAAAGAGACAUGCACUCCAGUCCUGGAGGAGCCUGGUGGAGACACUGCUGACCGCCUGCCCUGCUGACCUCAUAGCAGUAGAAGAUAGACAGCUGAUCAUCAGAGACCUGCUUUUAGACCUGCAUGAUAAGGUUUUAUCCGAGGAUGCAGCUGGAGAACUGAUGCCUAUUGUAGCUGGGGCUGUCUUCACUCUGACUGCUCACCUCAGCCAAUCAGUGCUAUCUGAGCACCAGCAAGGGGCAGGAUUAGAAUCCUCAUCCGGUUUUGCCUCAAUAGCGAACUCCGCCCUUCAUCUUAUCCUUCGCAAGCUACUGGACUUCAUCCUUUCUACUGGAGGAGGAUACCAGCGUCUACGUGCACACCUGUAUGGUUCUUUGCUGUACUACCUUCAAAUUGCUCAAAAACCUGAGGAACCAGAUACUUUGCAGACUGCUGGGAAGGCGAUGUGGGAGCGUCUGACAGCACCCGAGGAUGGCUUUUCCAAACUGCAGCGAGAGAACCUCACUAUCAUCGAGAGCUACGGCAGGGCACUAAUGGAGGUGGUGUGCAGGGAUGCAUGCGACGGCCAUGAAAUUAGCAGGAUGCUAGCUCUGGCAGUGCUGGACCGAAUCCUGUCCAUCGACCGUCAGAACCAGUGGCUGGUGUACGUUUGCAACAGCGGCUACCUCCGCUCGCUAGUGGAGAGCCUGAGGCAGGACGACACGGCCCUGCAGAGCUUGCUCACACCUCAGCCUCCCCUCCUCAAGCCACUCUACAUCUACGAGAGCAAGAUCGCCCUGCUGACCCGCGUGGCCAAGACGAACCAGGGUGCUGUCGAGCUGCUCCGCUGCGGACUGGUAGCACAGCUGAUUGAGUGUCAGGUGUUUGACAUGAUACCUGAGAGUGAAUCUCACAGGGUGAUGAGGGACCCGUCAGUUUUCAUCCCCAGCCCUGUGGACCGGUACAGACAGAUUCUUUUACCCACCCUGAGGCUCUUCCAGGUGAUACUCACCUCGACCACUAUGAAUCACCAGCAAGGGGCAGCACAGAUCCUCCAGUGGCUGAUAGUCCACGCAGACACCAUCCAGUCACUGUUACGCUGUCCCGAGCUCAGCAUAGGAGCGUUGCAGGAGCUCUCUUUGCUUACUGGGAUCAUCAGUAAGACAGCUCUACCAGGGGCCCUCGAGAUGGGCGGAGAGGUCAACGGUGCUGCUCUAAUGGAGUUUCAAGGUCACAUCAACAGAUUCCAGCGAUUAUGCCUAUUGCUGCUCAGCCGCCUGGCAGGCAGUGAGCGAGAGAGGUUACUGAAGCAAGCGGCGAUUACUGCAGCUGCAGACUCGGCAGAACGGAGAGAAGAGAUGGAGGUGGCCAUGCAACAAGUUUGUGCUAACAUCAUGGAGUACUGCCAAAUCCUGCUGCAGCAGAGCUCGGCCCUGCCCCAGUUCACCAUCUGCCUGUUCAGCCCGUUUGGCAGCGAGCCGGCUGGCAGGGAGGGAGGGCGCGCAGAUCUGACGUCCAGCCUGCCCAACAUGGCGUACUCGCGGUCCCCCAGUCUGGGCCUGGUGCUCUUCCUCCUCAAGAACAGCGCCGGCGACUUCUUCCGCUUCCACCAGAGUCACAGGCAGAGUCUGGGAAAGCUGCAGAGUCUGGAUCAGCUGCCCCCCGAGGAGCUCAAGGAGUUGUGCCAGGGCCUGGUCCACGGUCCAGGGGGGGUGGAGAAAAUCUCGUCGGUGCAAAGAAGUCUGCUGGCCAACAAAAGACUGGUGCAACUCGUCAACAAUCGAGCCAAGCUGCUGGCCCUCUGCUUCUACAUCAUCGAGACUUGUCUAUUUGUGCUGUGGCGCCACCUGGAGUAUUACCUGCUGCACUGCACCCCCACCGACCCAAAGGACUCCCCGCUGCCCGGCGCAGCGUUGUAUCGAUCUCGCCUUGCCGAUGGCUCGUUUGGCAGUCUGCAGGGAAGCACCGGCCGUGGAGCCAUCUCGCGGGUCACUAAGCAAGAUUUAGAGCUGUUGAAGAGUGACAUGGCCGCUGGCUUUGGAGAGGCUCUCCAGAGGAAACUUCUGGAGGUGGAAGGCUUGUACAGCCAAGUGCGCUCCCGCUACACCUUCAUCCAGGCUCUUGUACGCAGGAUCCGAGGCCUCCUGAGACAGCUAAAAAGCUGAGAGCGCCAAACACUGGACAAUCUUCGGGCAAACUUAGGCCGGGCAUAACAUUUGAAGGUUUUCUCUCAAUGUUUUUCAAUGAAGCCCUUUUCCAAUUUCACAUUUUGUUGACGAACACUGCAAAGACCGUUCCUUAACGGAGAGGAAAUGAACACUUAAUCAAACCGUAAAAAAAAAAAAAAAAAAAAAAUUCUCGGUUUGAUUUAUUCUUUUUGUGUGCAAAUAAAAGUUUUCUAUACAAUUUAAUUGGUGCCAUGCGAUUGCUCGUCAAAAUUCUCAUUUGAUUUUCCUCUGGUGCAGCAUAUUUGUCUUUUGUCAGGAGAAUUAUAGCCACGCUGGGAAGAAUAAAGGUUACUGAAUAAUGAGUAAAAAAGAUAAAAUAUGACAAAAUGCAGUAAAAAAAGGGGCACCCCCCCCCAAGAAUAAAGUGAUAGUAUAAUGUGAAAAAGGUAACGAUUAGACUAUUUUUUGGGGAAACAUUUUACAAAACAAUUUUAUGAAACUCAAUGGUCUGAAUAAAAUAUGAUUUCACAAGAAAAAUGGAUUUGUCAUUUUGAGUUAAAAAGUAUUUUGGGUGAAGUGGAUAUUUUGAGUAA